AGGGAAAGUUGCAGCUUUUUCCGCCUCCUGGGAGGGUGAGAAGGGCCGGCUGCCGGAGCUGGGUUGCGAUCUUCCCGGAGCCGGAGACCCUCCCUCGAAACCGGCACUGGGACGUCUCGCUCUCUGGAGGCACUUGUUGCAGGUGACAGGCAACUCUGGUAGCUCUCCUUGUCUGGUUGUUUUGAAGAAAGAAGAGUAGAAGAAAAAGUUGAAUAAAUCAUGUCGGAGUUACUGGACCUUUCUUUUCUGUCUGAGGAGGAAAAGGAUUUGAUUCUCAGUGUUCUACAGCGAGAUGAGGAGGUCCGGAAAGCAGAUGAGAAAAGGAUUAGGCGAUUAAAGAAUGAGUUACUGGAGAUAAAAAGGAAAGGGGCCAAGAGGGGCAGCCAACACUACAGUGAUCGGACCUGUGCCCGGUGCCAGGAAAGCCUGGGCCGUUUGAGUCCCAAAACCAAUACUUGUCGGGGUUGUAAUCACCUGGUGUGUCGGGACUGCCGCAUACAGGAAAGCAAUGGUACCUGGAGGUGCAAGGUGUGCGCCAAGGAAAUAGAGUUGAAGAAAGCAACUGGGGACUGGUUUUAUGACCAGAAAGUGAAUCGCUUUGCUUACCGGACAGGUAGUGAGAUAAUCAGGAUGUCCCUGCGCCACAAAACUGCAGUGAGUAAAAGAGAGACAGUGGGACAGUCCCUCCUUCAUCAGACACAGAUGGGUGACAUCUGGCCAGGAAGAAAGAUCAUUCAGGAGCGGCAGAAGGAGCCCAGUGUGCUAUUUGAAGUGCCAAAGCUGAAAAGUGGAAAGAGUGCAUUGGAAGCUGAGAGUGAGAGUCUGGAUAGCUUCACAGCUGACUCGGAUAGCACCUCCAGGAGAGACUCUCUGGAUAAAUCUGGCCUCUUUCCAGAAUGGAAGAAGAUGUCUGCUCCCAAAUCUCAAGUAGAAAAGGAAACUCAGCCUGGAGGUCAAAAUGUGGUAUUUGUGGAUGAGGGUGAGAUGAUAUUUAAGAAGAACACCAGAAAAAUCCUCAGGCCUUCAGAGUACACUAAAUCUGUGAUAGAUCUUCGCCCAGAAGAUGUGGGACAUGAAAGUGGCUCCUUGGGAGACAGAAGCAAAUCCGUCCCAGGCCUCAAUGUGGAUAUGGAAGAGGAAGAAGAAGAAGAAGAAGACAUUGACCACCUAGUGAAGUUACAUCGCCAGAAGCUAGCCAGAAGCAGCAUGCAAAGUGGCUCCUCCAUGAGUACAAUCGGCAGCAUGAUGAGCAUCUACAGUGAAGCUGGUGAUUUCGGGAACAUCUUUGUGACUGGCAGGAUUGCCUUUUCCCUGAAGUAUGAGCAGCAAACCCAGAGUCUGGUUAUCCAUGUGAAGGACUGCCAUCAGCUGGCCUAUGCUGAUGAAGCCAAGAAGCGCUCUAACCCAUAUGUGAAGACUUACCUUCUGCCUGACAAGUCCCGCCAAGGAAAAAGAAAAACCAGCAUCAAGCGGGACACUAUUAAUCCACUAUAUGAUGAGACGCUCAGGUAUGAGAUCCCAGAAUCUCUGCUGGCCCAGAGGACCCUGCAGUUCUCAGUUUGGCAUCAUGGCCGUUUUGGCAGAAACACUUUCCUUGGAGAGGCAGAGAUCCAGAUGGAUUCCUGGAAGCUUGAUAAGAAACUGGAUCAUUGCCUCCCUUUACAUGGAAAGAUCAGUGCUGAGUCCCUGACUGGCUUGCCAUCACACAAAGGCGAGUUGGUGGUUUCAUUGAAAUACAUCCCAGCCUCCAAACCCCCUGUUGGAGGUGACCGGAAAAAGAGUAAAGGUGGGGAAGGGGGAGAGCUCCAGGUGUGGAUCAAAGAAGCCAAGAACUUGACGGCUGCCAAAGCAGGAGGGACUUCAGACAGCUUUGUCAAGGGAUACCUCCUUCCCAUGAGGAACAAGGCCAGUAAACGUAAAACUCCUGUGAUGAAGAAGACCCUGAAUCCUCACUACAACCAUACAUUUGUCUACAAUGGUGUGAGGCUGGAAGAUCUACAACAUAUGUGCCUGGAACUGACUGUGUGGGACCGGGAGCCCCUGGCCAGCAAUGACUUCCUGGGAGGGGUCAGGCUGGGUGUUGGCACUGUUAACAUUCAGCCAAUACUUAUUGAGUGCCUACUGUGUGCCAGGACUAGGGGAAGGCUGAGCUCAUGCACUGAUACGUGCACAGAUAAAUGUGACCCUGAUUGCCAGGAACUCCAUAAUCUUCCCACCAAAAAAAUCUACAAACCUACCUAUAUGUAUGUACCUAUACAUUCCAUCUUCCAUGCUGUUAAUAAUGAAAGAAGGGUCAUUGCUAGCAAAAGCCAAGCUCUCUCCAAGUGCUCUGGGCUACCUCCCCCCACCCUUCUCGAUGACCUCACUUCUAUAAUCUUCAUCUCUCAGUUUCAUCCUCCCUACCUACCAGGGGUGAAUACAGAUAUGCUCUGGUAUUUCCAAUAUUAUGAAACAAAAACAAACCUUUCCUUGACUACACAUUCCCCUUCUAGUUUCUUAGAAAGAAUUGUCUCCACUUCUCACCUCUCCUUCAGCUCUCCUUCACUGUGAUCUGGCUUUUGUCCCACCACUCUGCUGAGCAGUUGCUCUUGCCAAAGUGUUGUUCUCAUCUCACUAGAAUUUUCAGCACUGUUUAACAUGGUAGAUCACUCCUCUUCGCUUGAAACACUGAACUUCUAUUGACACUGCAUUCUGAUUCCCUUUUAAGUCACUGCUCACCCCUUCUCAGUUUUCUUUGUAGGUGCUGCAUUCUAUACCCAAACUCUAAAUGUUGGUGCUUGGCAGAGCUUAGUCUCGGAUCCUCUUCUUUGCCCUCUCCCUAGUCUCUGCACUUGUAUAUUAAUAUACUUAUAUAUUAAUAAUCACACGGAACAUUUAACAUGAAGCAUAUAGACUGAUGUUUUUACACAUGUAAGCCAAUUCAUGUCAGUCCCCUGUUAAAACCCCUCAGUGGCUUUCUGUUGUGCUUAGAAAACAAUCCAAAGUUCUUACUAUGCCUACAGGCCCCUGUGUAACCUGGGUCCUCUAUUCCUUUCUGAUCCAUCUUGUAUCACUCUUCCCCUUGCUCACUAUGCUUCAACCACAAUGACUUUCUGCUCUCCAAAUAUACCAAGCUCACUCCCACUUCAGAACCUUUGCAAUUAUUGUUUUCUCUGAAUGGAAAGUCUGGUUCUUUCUUAUCCUUCAGGUCUUGGCUCAAAUGUCACCUUCUCAGAGAGUCCUCAGACCACUCCAUCUGCACAGUAGUUCCUGAGUCAGGCACUACACAUCACCCUGUUUAUUUACAUCAUGAUAUUAACCUCACUAUCUGAAAUACUCUUACUGGUUUGCUUGUAUAUUUUCUGUCUUCUCUAUUCAAAUGAAAGUUGCCUGAGGACAGAGACUUUUUCUGCUUUGUUUACUAAGUGUCUCUAGAGCCUAGAAGAGUACCUGGCACACAGUAGGCACUCAAUAAAUGUUUGCUGAAUUAAUGGAUGAAUAUACAAGAGAAUAGGAAUGGGGCCACAUACGAUCCUCACUUCUGACCUGGAGUCUGCAGCUAGAGGAGAGGCAUUUAGCUUUAAAAGAAAAAAGUUGGCCAGGCGCGGUGGCUCACACCUGUAAUCCCAGCACUUUGGGAGGCUAGGCGGGUGGAUCACCAGGUCAAGAGAUCGAGACCAUCCUGGCCAACGUGGUGAAACCCCGUCUCUACUAAAAAUACAAAAAAAUUAGCUGGGCGUGGUGGCGCAGGCCUGUAGUCCCAGCUACUCCCGAGGCUGAGGCGGGAGAAUCGCUUGAACCCAGGAGGCAGAGGUUGCAGUGAGCCAAGAUUGUGCCACUGCACUCCAGCCUGGCGACAGAGCGAGGCUCCGUCUCAAAUUAAUAAUAAUAAUAAAAGAAAAAUGUUUUAAGUACAGUUGGCAAUAGCUCUGGCGUGAGUUGUCAGGCACUAGAACUCUGUAACAGCCUCAGAAUAAGAAGUCUCUAGUGACUGCGUGCCAUUUGGAGUCUGAUUUCAUCAACCCAGAGUCUCUUGACAGAGUCUCAGGAGGUACAGGUGAGGGAGCACUUCCCAGACUGCUGUGGCCAUUAGCCCAUCUUCAUAGGAAACUGUCUGUUAUGGGGUGGCUAAUCUUGCUGUACAACCCAUCUUCCCUGGUGGGCUGAGAAUGGGGCCCCUCUUUAGCCUCCUCUGGUGUUUCUCCUCAGGGAUCAGUAAUGGGGAAGUGGUGGACUGGAUGGACUCGACUGGGGAAGAAGUGAGCCUGUGGCAGAAGAUGCGACAGUACCCAGGGUCUUGGGCAG